AUAAAAAACCAUAAAAUAACAAACCAUAAAUUUGACAAUAGUUAAUAAUUUGGUGGAAAUAGCACAAUUAUUUUGAUUUAAUUUAACUGUGACCAAGAAAAGUGGACAGUUGGAAAACUUUGGUAUAGCUUUAUUUUGACAAACGUGUUUGGAAUUUGCAACUGCAAGUGUUACUUUAUAUAUUAUAUGCAAUGUUUUCAAAAAUCCGUAAUUGUUUAAGUAAAUCUCGAUUUACUUGAAUCAUAUAUAUUAUUAUCUGCUUAAACCGAUUUUUGGAGCAGUGUUGACUAACCCGGCGUGGUUGUCACUUAACGGCUUUCAAAAUUGAGCCCCGUUCAUCUUUUGGGAUGGCGUCGCAAACGUCGAAAAGAAAGGAAAUAUAUAAAUAUGAAGCCCCCUGGCCGCUUUAUGCCAUGAAUUGGUCGGUUCGUCCAGACAAGCGAUUUCGACUUGCUCUCGGUUCCUUUGUGGAGGAGUACAACAACAAAGUGCAAAUCGUUUCUUUGGACGAGGAUAGUGCAGAAUUUGCUCCCAAAGCCACUCUUGACCAUCCAUAUCCUGCCACAAGGAUCAUAUGGAUUCCUGAUAACAAGGGGAUAUAUCCCGACUUAUUGGCGACUUCUGGAGAUUAUCUGCGAGUCUGGAGGGCUGGAGAUACUGAAAUCAAGUUGGAAUGCCUGCUCAACAAUAACAAGAACUCAGAUUUUUGUGCACCCCUGACUUCUUUUGACUGGAAUGAAGUUGAUCCCAAUCUAAUUGGAACGUCGAGUAUCGAUACGACGUGUACCAUUUGGGGCCUGGAAACUAGACAGGCUGUGGGUCGAACAGCAGUUAAUGGACACGUCAAAACACAGCUAAUCGCUCAUGAUAAGGAAGUGUAUGAUAUUGCAUUCAGUCGAGCAGGUGGAGGAAGAGAUAUGUUUGCAUCUGUUGGAGCGGACGGAUCUGUUAGAAUGUUCGAUCUUAGACACUUGGAACACUCGACCAUAAUUUAUGAAGACAGUACACACACCCCAUUAUUGAGACUUGCUUGGAAUAAACAGGACCCCAAUUUCCUCGCUACCAUUGCAAUGGAUGCUUGUGAAGUCGUUAUCCUUGAUGUUAGAGUUCCCUGUACGCCUGUUGCAAGGCUAAACAAUCACAGAAGUUCUGCCAACGGACUUGCGUGGGCUCCUCACUCGGCUUGCCAUAUUUGCACCGCAGGAGAUGAUCAUCAAGCUUUAAUUUGGGACAUUGCAGGAAUGCCGCGUGCCAUAGAAGACCCUAUUUUGGCAUAUACUGCAGCAGAAGGAGAAAUUAACCAAAUUCAGUGGGGAGCGACUCAACCAGAUUGGAUUGCAAUUUGUUACAAUAAGAACUUGGAAAUUUUGAGAGUUUAGAAACAAUACCUGGGGUAUCGACUGAAUUUCUAGAUGCGAUGAAACAAAUUUUUUAUUGGUUUAAUUUUUGGGAGCCACCAAGUCAUUUGACUUUACAAAAUGGUUUUAAGUUAAUAUAUUUAAAAAAAUUCAUUGCUCUGUUACUUUUUGUCUCAUUUUAGAAUUUUUUCUGUCUGAAGUUGUGUUAAUUGUGUAAUGUACAUAAUGAUGCUGCACUUGGCAAAUUUCUUGUACCCUAAAACUAACUAGUGAUAUAAGGAAAAUGUUUGUUGGUGUUGGUACUAGUCAUUAGAAUAAUUUUGUACUCGCUUUUGAAGCGAUCUGAUGUUAUAAUUACGACUUGUGUUGUUGCUCAUUUUGACGCGUUUGUAUUUCAACAACAUUUUGAAAAAUAAAAGUGUCUAAAUUUUAA